AGAUUUUUGGAUUCCACCUUUCAAAAUUUCUGUGUCUCUUCCAAUUUGCAUUCUCCAGCAUUUAUAACUCCUUAUCAGUCAAUUGAUCGAAUGUAGUCGCGAGUCAACGUCGCUGCUAAUCAAAUGACAUGCUCAACAUAUCGAUCGAUUCAACUUUUUUCAAAUCUACUCAUUUUUAUUCUAAUUAUACUGUACCUACAAACAAUAGAAUGCCAGAAUGCAUUGAGUCUUGCCCAGACAAAACAUUCAUGUAUGGCUUUAAAAGCCGAGGAUGGAGAAGGAUGUACAUGCAAACAAACAAAACGAUAUGGACAACCUGAGUGUUGUUGUAUGGGAUUGAUUGUGUCUCAAUUGCCAACUAACUUGACUGCUGACGUUGGAUAUUUGUACCUCCACAAUACUUCAAUCUCUGUUAUUACACCGAACUUUUUUGAUAAAUUCCCAUCUAUUCGAGAACUUGAGAUUGAUAAUUCUGCUCAUUUGGAGCACAUCGAUGGAUCUUCUCUCUCCGUUCUCUCAAAACUUCGAAAGCUUUCUGUAGUUAAAUGUCCCAAUCUUCGUGAAAUUUCUGGAAAACUUUUGGUCAACAACACGAGAAUUCAGAAUGUAAUACUAAAAAACAAUGGACUCGCUACAAUGCCUUCGUUGAGAAUGACUGAUGCUCAUCACGUGCUCCUUGAUAGAAUUGAUUUAUCAGGAAACAAAAUUAAAUUUAUUAGUGAUUCAAAAGUUCGAAAUGUGAAGGCAAGAACUGUCGUGCUGAGUGAAAAUAAGCUUAUUGAAAUAUCAGGAUAUGCAUUCACAGAAAGUCAGUUUCUGAAACUAAAGCUAAACAACAAUCCAGACCUCCGAAGUCUAUCUGUUGAUGCAUUCAAAAAUAUGGCAGGUCUUCAAACACUAGAUCUUUCUCAUACUUCUAUCGAUACAUUGCCUAUAAAUGGUCUGAAGAAGUUGAAAACAUUGAUUCUGAAUGAUGUUCCAACACUCAAAAGUCUUCCCAGUGUUUUGAGUUUUACUGAUUUAGAAACUGCUCAUUUCACUUACCCACACCAUUGUUGCCUUUUCAAAUACGUGGAUGAUGUUACAAUGAAUGAUAAUGGAAAGUAUCAAAGAAAUGCAAAAGAAAUUCACAAACGAAUUUGUGACAAAAGAGAACAACAAAAAGUCGCAAGGAGAAGAAAACGGGAAACUAGCGGAAUUGAUUUUUUGGAUAUGUUAUUGAAAGAAUGGACUGAUAAUAGCACAUACACGGGACCAGAUGAUGCUGAUGAUGAUGAGUUGCCACCAUUUGUUGAAAUUGGAGCGGAACCUUGUCAAUCCAUUGGGGAGGAAGUUCAAAAGUACUAUUCUAACAUUACUUGUUAUCCACAACCGGAUGCUUUGAAUCCAUGCGAGAAUAUUGUUGGAUAUCCAUUCCUUCGAAUAGCAGUUUGGGUUGUUUGUCUUGCAGCAAUAGUAGGAAACAUUAUUGUUUGGGCUUUGUUAGGAAUAGUUUACGAGAAACGAAUGAGGAUGCAUUAUCUUUACAUGAUCAAUAUGUCUGUAGCUGAUAUGGUCACUGGAAUUUACCUUGCUGUUCUUGCAAUUGCUGAUGCUAAAAUGUCUGAUGAGUAUUAUAGACAUGCUGUUUGGUGGCAGACAGGAUGGGGAUGUCGAGCUGCUGGAUUUUUGGCGGUUUUUGCAUCUGAACUAGGAAUCAUUUCAAUGUUUUUAAUUGCAUUCGAAAUGUCAUAUAACACAAGACAAUCAUUUCGUGGGCGCCGUUUGAGUCCAAAAGUUGGAGUACUUCUUAUGAUUGGUGGAUGGCUUUUUGCGAUUAUAAUGGCAAUACUUCCUUGGUUUGAUGUUUCUUCAUACUCUGAGAGUAGCGUAUGUCUUCCUUUGAGAGCAGCAACAAUAUUUGAUAAAAGUUAUUUGAUAUUCGGACUCAGUUUCAAUUUUUUGGCAUUUGCGGCAAUGGCUCUUUCGUACGGAUUUAUUGUGAAAAUGUUGAAGGAAAACGAAACUCGCGAAGAAGACCGUGCACUUAUAACUAAAAUGACAGUUCUAGUUGUAACUGAUUUGAUUUGCUGGUUUCCAACCCUGUUCUUUGGAUUUACGGCCACAAUUGGAUUUCCACUGCUUUCUUUGUCAUCUGCCAAGUUUGUUCUUGUAUUCUUCUUUCCAAUCAAUGCCUUUGCCAACCCAUUCCUUUACGUUUUCUUCACUGAAGUCAUCCAACAUCGAGUUCGAAGCAAAACAUUACCAGUUAUCAGAAGGAUCACUACUGGGCCUUUGAAUGCUGCCAGCUCUCUAUCAAACUUCUAUCAUUCUCAACCACCUGGAGCACAUCGAAGAAGCAGAGAUGAACCAACAAGUCCAUCUGGAAUGCAUUUGGCAGUUACCCAGGUACGCCAGACAACAUCACUAAACAGUACACCAAGGGGAUCAGAUGUUUCCCGUGCUUCUGAUGGAAUGCUUUUUGAUUAUGAUCGAAGAGCCAGUGCAUCUCCGAGAGUUUCGUUUGAUAUUCCAAUUUCUCCAACAACUCCAAGAUCUGAUAGAAAGAAUAGGAUAUCUCUUCUCAAGAGAAUAGUUUCCUCAAUACCAGAAGUAUCCGAUCUUUCCGAACAUUCAAGUGAAAGCCAUCAUGAGCAUGUACCUCAUCCUAGAAGAAAAUUGAGAUCAUCAUUGAAUAGAAUCCUUGCACUUGGAAGAAGGCAAGAAGGCUCAGCAGAUUCUGGAAGAGGAUCCAUUGCAUCUUCUGCUGGCUCUCGUGAUCAAAAUGAAAGAGUAUCCUUAACCAGCAACGCUUCUUCAAUAUUGAGUCCACUUUUAUCUCCGACAAAUUCAAACAUUUUAAUACUACCUCCCGAACCAUCAAAAAAUCGUCGAAAGUCCACUCCAGCCAUACCACUUCUCGUAGUUUCUGAUUGUUCUUAGAUUCUUCAAAAAGUUUCUAAAAUUGUAUAAUAAUGUAUCCUAGUUUCAUAUUUUCUUUAAUAAUUUAUUUGUUUCUUUUCAUUCACAUUUCUUGAUUGCGGGUCAAUGAAUACGAGCCUCCACACAAAUGCCUUCGUCUCUCUAAUUUUUUCAAAUCAUUGUUUCGUUUGCCCCCGUGAGAAUUGUUUAUUCUUCAUGAUUAAUAAAAAUAGUUUGAUUCUGA